AUGGCUAAGGUGGUGAUUCCGAGAGUUGAAAUCCUUGCCAGCAAUGGAAUUGGAUCAAUCCCAAAAGAGUAUGUGAGGCCACAAGAAGAGCUAGAAAGCAUCGGAGAUGUUUUCGAGGAAGAAAAGUGCGACGAGGGCCCUCAGUUGCCGACAAUAGAUUUGCAGGGACUCAAUUCUUGUGAUAAACAGGUUCGUGAAAAGUGUCACCAAGAAUUAAUUAAGGCUGCUAAGGAGUGGGGUGUUAUGCACCUCGUCAACCAUGGGAUACCAGACGAGCUAAUUGAUCGUGUCAAGAUGGCCGGAAAAGCAUUUUUCGACCUGCCGGUGGUGGAGAAAGAGAAAUAUGCUAAUGAUCAGGCAUCCGGCAAUGUUCAGGGGUAUGGUAGCAAGUUAGCUAAUAAUGCUAGUGGUCAACUUGAGUGGCAGGACUAUUUCUUCCAUUGUGUUUUCCCAGAGGAGAAGAGAGACAUGUCCAUUUGGCCCAAGACUCCAACUGGUUACAUCUCAGCAACAAGUGAGUAUGCAAAACAACUGAGAGGCCUAACAAGCAAAAUACUGUCGGCACUCUCUCUUGGACUAGGGCUAGAACAAGACAGACUGGAAAAAGAAGUUGGUGGCACGGAAGACCUUCUUCUUCAACUAAAGAUAAACUAUUACCCAAAAUGCCCUCAGCCGGAACUCGCCCUCGGGGUCGAAGCCCACACUGACGUCAGUGCACUCACUUUCAUACUUCACAACAUGGUGCCUGGCCUGCAACUCUUCUAUGAGGGAAAAUGGGUCACUGCAAAAUGUGUUCCAAACUCCAUUAUCAUGCACAUUGGAGAUACUACUGAGAUUUUGUCCAAUGGGAAGUAUAAAAGUAUUCUGCAUAGAGGGCUUGUGAAUAAAGAGAAGGUGAGGAUUUCUUGGGCAGUUUUCUGUGAGCCACCCAAAGAGAAGAUUGUGCUGAAGCCGCUGCCGGAGACGGUUUCUGAGGCUGAGCCGCCACGCUUCCCGCCCCGUACCUUUGCUCAGCAUAUCAUGCAUAAGCUGUUCAGGAAGAGUGAGGAUUCUGGUGAAGAAAAAUGA